AUGGGCAAGAGAAACAGAGAACAUUAUGCCAAGGGUAGCAACAAAAAGCCCAAGAGUGGAGCAAAGCUACUAGAGCCAAACACUGCUGGUAUUUACGCUACGUGUCCUCGUGGAAAAGAAAAGCAAUGUCGCCAGGAGCUCAUGACUGUGCUAUCUGAGAAAAUCACUGAAUAUUUUGAUCUCCCUGAGAACGACGAUAACAAAAGUGAAGAAACAAAUGCCUUAUCUAUAGAAGAAAAGAUUCAACAAGAGCUUUCGGAAAUGAAAGAGGCCGAUAAAAAUACUAAGGCAAACUAUUUGCAACCAAUUGAUGUUGAUAUCGAAUGUGUUGUGUUUAUUAAAACGAGGAAACCAGUAGACCCAGUGAUGCUUGUCGAGAAAUAUGCUCAGGAGUGUUAUGAUUCUGGUGUCAAGACUACAAGAAACACACAGAAACUCACUCCAAUUAGCGAUUCGUGUAGGGCAACUACGGAUCCAGAGGAUCAUUUAAAAGAUUUGGCUAGGCGAGUUUUGGCGCCACAUUUCCACGCAAGGGAUCGAAAACCAGUGAAGUUUGCCAUUCAAGUUUCGAAAAAGAACUUUGAUACACUCACAUCAGAGGUAAUCAUCAAAGCAGUGGCUGAAACUGUGGGUCGUGAUCAUGGACAUACGGUGGAUUUAAAAAACUACGACAAAUUAAUCAUUGUUGAAUGCUACAAGAAUAACAUAGGUAUGAGUGUUGUGGAAAAUUACCUCAAGUAUAGCAAGUUUAACUUGCAGCAGAUUUACGAUAAGGUAUCAAGGUAG